AUGAACUUGAGACGGACCAUCGACAGCUAUCUAGAAAAUAGGAAAGUAACAGUGAGAUACGCUGGACAAGAAUAUAACAAAGGCACAAACAAGGGGUGUGUCCAGGGAUCCAUAGGGGGACCCAUUCUGUGGAAUCUCCUCCUGGACCCUCUGCUGAGAAAACUGGAGCAGAACGGAGUCUUCUGCCAGGCGUUCGCGGAUGAUGUGGUGUUGAUUUUCGAUGGCGACACGGCCCUAGACAUAGAAACGCAGGCAAAUGCGACCCUCGAACAUGUUCGGACGUGGGGCAUCGACCACAAACUGAAAUUUGCUCCACACAAAACAUGCGCAAUGGUAAUUACUAGAAAACUAAAAUUCGAUGCACCACGCCUGAGCAUGGGCGGGGUGAACAUAGCCAUGUCAAACGAAAUAAAAAUACUGGGCCUCACCAUCGACCACAAGCUAACAUUCAACCAGCAUGUGGCGGGCGUCUGUAGGAAGGCUCUUAAUAUGUAUAAAAAGUUGGCCCGGACGGCCCGUGUAAGCUGGGGGUUGCACCCGGAGGUCAUCCGCACUAUUUACACGGCGGCAGUGGAGCCGGUCGUUCUAUAUGCCGCAAGCGCGUGGGCACCCGCCGCCAAAAAACUGGGAGUGAUAAAACAGCUUAACACCGUACAAAGAGGUUUUGCCCAAAAGAUAUGCAAGGCAUAUAGAACAGUCUCAUUAAACUCAGCACUGCUGCUCGCUGGGAUGCUCCCAUUAGACCUCAGAGUUCAAGAGGCGGCUUCUUUGUACGAGGCAAAGAAAGGAGUGCCCCAGUCGGCACUGCUAGAUCGGGAGGUAGAACGGAUGUCUUCGGCCAUGGAAGCACCCCACCCGGCUGAGCACAGCGACCUGGAAGUCAUAAGUCUGGUAGACCAACAACAAGUAGACAGCUACAGUAAUUACCAAGUUCGCAUCUUUACGGAUGGGAGCAAGAUUGGGGGCAAGGUUGGGGCCGCGUUAUCCAUAUGGAAAGGCGAAACUGAGAUCAAAGCCCACAAACUUGCUCUCUCCGAACAAUGCACAGUCUACCAGGCUGAGCUCUUGGCGCUGUGCAAAGCUACGAGAGAGAUCACAGCGAGCAGGGAAAAGACAUUUGGAAUUUACAGUGACUCAAUGGCGGCCCUCCAAACAAUCCAAAAUCGAAAAUGUUUCCACCCUCUAGCAGUAGAAGCCAGGGAUAACCUUCGAACCUCAUCCCGGCAGGGCAAAAUGGUAACCUUGCACUGGAUAAAGGCUCACGCCGGACUGGAAGGGAACGAGAGGGCGGAUGUGUUGGCAAAGGAGGCCGCCGUUGGGUCAAAGCGAAAACCAAAUUACGACAGGUGUCCGGUUUCAUUCGUAAAGCGAGCCAUUCGAACGGCAACGAUUGAGGAAUGGAACCGGAGAUAUGUCGAUAGCGACACCGCCUCUGGAACAAAAUUAUUUUUCCCGGACGCAGUAAAUGCCUACAAAAUGGUACGGAAAAUACAGCCAACAGGUAUAAGAACCCAACUGAUGACGGGCCACGGCGGGUUCUCGGAAUACCUACAUCGAUUUAAAUGUAAAGAGAGCCCGUCGUGCAUAUGUGACCCCGCAGUCAGGGAGACGGUGCCGCAUAUCUUGCUGGAGUGUCCUGUCCAUGACCAAAUGCGGUUUGACCUGGAAAUGAAAUUAAACUUAAACUUAAAACUAGCAAAUAUGAAAGAGUUAAUAACAUCAGCUAACAGAGAGGAAUUCUUAAACUAUUGUGAAAAAAUUUGUAAACAAGUAGCAAAACGAAACGAGAGCUCAUAA